AAUGGGAAAAAAAUCUUGCAUAAGAAUAUCAUUGAUGCUUACUGUUUCUCUCAUGUAGUGUAUGGGUCAUUCUAAAGAAAUGCAUGUAUUCUUUUCCCUUGAUUUAUUUUUUCAAAAAGGAUUCCUUUCCCUUGUUACUUUGGCAAUCCCUUGAUACUUUGGUGACCUGCUUCACCUCUAUAUAUAUUCCUCUAGUUAGUCAUCUCUUCACUCAAAAUAUUAACCUUUUCCAACCCUUUUAAAUACAAAAGCUUACUGCACCAUCCACCACUUGAUAAUAAAUUCAACGCGUUCUCUCCAUUAUCUGACAUUUUUGUAAAAUGAUGUGUGAAGAAGGGAAGAGUUUUUAUAUAUGGCUGUUGCAAGUUAUAUGCCUCCUAGGCCUUCUUGUUCUGUGCCUAUGGCUGGCCUUACGACCAAAUAGCCCCUCCUUCUCCAUCGUGGUAAUCUCUAUAGACCGACCUUCAGAUCAAAAUGGCACCAUCUUUUAUAGCCUUGAAAUCGGUAACCCAAACAAGGACUCAAGCAUUUACUAUGAUGACAUAAUAUUGAGUUUCCUAUAUGGGCAGCAAGAGGAUAAGGUGGGAGAUGCUACAGUAGGUUCAUUUCAUCAAGGAACUAGCAAGAGCCGCAUUGUAUCUGACAUUGUUAAUGCCAAACCUGGACCGUUUAAACCACUCUUUAAGGCUAUAUCAAAUGCAACCGCCGAGUUGAAAGCUUCCCUGACAACAAGAUAUCGAUACAAGACAUGGGGAGUUAGGAGCAAGUUUCAUAGAUUACUCUUGAAAGGGAUUCUACCAAUUGAUUCUGAUGGUAAGCUUUCACGUAAGAAGAAGAAAUACCCACUUACCCGUAAUUCCAAAAAACUGGGAAGAUCCAAAGUAAAGAAGCACUGAUCUUGUCUCUUUGGUUGUUUUUUGGUUGGGUUUUUAUUCCCCUCUUCUACGAUCUUCAUUUUCCUCUCAUUAGAUCUUCAUUUUCCUCUCAUUAUAACACGUAGAAAGCAACAGUAGCUGUGUGGAUGUUCUUCUAUACUAAGAAGAGGAACACAUUUAGUAUUUGUGAGAUUUUUUUUUAUUUUGCUUCGACAUUGAUUCGGCUCAUGGCAGUUUCUUCUGUCUAGUAAAAGAAUUUCUCUUGCACGUAGUAUGUGUAAACUAGAUAGGUAAACACCAAAUAGUUAAGUAUUUAUGCUUUUCUUUGCCCCCUUGAAAUUUGUGUUCAUGUAAUGAUGUGUUCAGAAAAACCUACAUUUAGCAAUAAACAGCACCAUAUAUCGAA